CUUUGCUUCUAAUCUUAGACUACAAACCCUAAACCAUUGGCCGCGUAAAAAACCAUUCCUCGACUUCCGCCGUCAAUUUCUCCUGGAUAAUUGUUCUGGUACGCGAAUAAUACAUAGUAUAGUGCCCUAACAUAACAUCGACCAAAUCACAUUCAGGUUUUAUAUAUUUGGUUUGCAAACUGCAAUGGCUACACAAAGCAACAAAGAGGCUUUCUUAGGUGGAUUUAAGAAACUCUUGAAUGAACAAUGGCAAGCCGAUGUACGUCUCAAGGCAGGAGACAGUGAUGAGACUACAUCUAUUUUCGCCCACAAGCUUGUCUUGGUGGCAAGAUCAGAGGUGUUUAAGAAGAUAUUGGAAUCAGACGAGUUCAAGGCUUCAUCUAAACAGAUGGAGACAGUCACCCUCUCGGAGAUGAAACACGAAGAAUUGGAGGCUUUUGUGGAGUUCAUCUAUAGGGUUGAUGGCUCCAUUUGUUCUGCUAGUCUCAAGAAACAUGCUCGUUCACUCUUUCAUGCAGCCGACAAAUAUGAGAUUCCGCAUCUAAGAGACCUAUGCAGAAACGAGCUUAUAUCAUCUUUGAAUUCGUCGAAUGCUCUUAGCAUCCUUGAGCUCGCCCAAAUCCCUUUUGACAAAGCCCUCAAUGAUCCCGCCUUCACUACUAUCAUAACCAAUAUAAGUACGAUUGCUAGUGGUGAUGAGUUCAAGCUGUUUGUCGCCAAUCACCCAAAUCUUGCCGUGGAUAUAAUGAAGGCUUCUAUAACUAGACUAAGUACUAGCAGAAAAAUCUGUGGUUACUGUAAUCGCUACUACUAA